GCGGUGGGUGACGCCAUCGGAUCGCGCUGCGAGAAGGUCAUACGGGAUCCUCCAGCAUGGCGGCGGCGGCGCUGCGGGGAGGCUGGUGCCGCUGCCCGCGGAGAUGCUUCAGCAGCGGAGUCCAUUUUCUAUCCAGCCACAACCUAGUGCCACUCCCCCUGGGUACCUAUCAGAUGCCCUGGCCAAGUGGACAGCAGACCCUGUCCAGAUCCUAUUCUUCUGGAAAUAGGAAAGGCUUUCUCUCCGGCUUGCUAGAUAACAUCAAACAAGAAUUAGCCAAAAACAAAGAAAUGAAAGAAAGUAUAAAAAAGUUCCGAGAUGAGGCCAGAAAGCUGGAAGAGUCUGAUGCACUCCAGGAAGCCAGGAGGAAAUACAGAACCAUUGAAUCAGAAACCAUGCGGACAGGCGAGGUGAUCAGGAAGAAGCUGGGGGAGAUCACAGGCACCGUGAAGGAGAGUCUCGACGAAGUCAGUAAAAGUGACCUUGGCCGGAAAAUCAAGGAGGGUGUGGAAGAAGCAGCCAAGACCGCCAAGCAGUCGGCCGAGUCGGUGUCCAAAGGUGGGGAGAAGCUUGGCAGGACUGCCGCCUUCAAAGCCCUCUCACAGGGUGUGGAGUCUGUGAAGAAGGAGAUCGACGAGAGCGUCCUGGGGCAGACCGGGCCCUACCGGCGGCCUGAGCGGCUCAGGAAGAGGAAAGAGUUCGCAGGAGAGAAAUUCAAGGAAGAGAAAGUGUUUGAGGCCAACGAGGAGGCGCUGGGGGUCGUGCUGCACAAGGACUCCAAGUGGUAUCAGCAGUGGAAGGACUUCAGGGACAACAAUGUGGUGUUCAACCGGUUCUUUGAGAUGAAGAUGAAAUACGACGAAAGUGACAAUGCCCUCAUUCGGGCGUCCCGCGUGCUGACGGACAAGGUCACAGACUUGCUGGGGGGCCUGUUCUCGAAGACUGAGAUGUCAGAGGUGCUCACGGAGAUCCUGCGAGUGGACCCCGCCUUCGACAAGGAGCGCUUCCUGCAGCAGUGCGAGAAUGACAUCAUCCCCAAUGUCCUGGAGGCUAUGAUUUCUGGAGAGCUCGACAUUCUCAAAGACUGGUGCUAUGAAGCUACCUACAGCCAGCUGGCCCACCCAAUCCAGCAGGCCAAGGCCCUGGGCCUCCAGUUCCACUCCCGCAUCCUGGACAUCGACAAUAUCGAUCUGGCCAUGGGCAAGAUGAUGGAGCAGGGGCCCGUGCUGAUCAUCACCUUCCAGGCCCAGCUGGUGAUGGUGAUCAAGAACCCCAAAGGCGAGGUGGUUGAGGGCGACCCGGACAAGGUACUGCGAAUGUUGUACGUGUGGGCCCUCUGCCGAGACCAGGAUGAGCUCAACCCCUAUGCGGCCUGGCGGCUCUUGGACAUCUCCGCCUCCAGCACAGAGCAGGUCCUCUGAGCACAGUGGCCACCACCAGGGCCUCCAGGGCUGGAUCAUUCCUGCAAACACGCAGGGGGACCCAUGUCUACCUGCAGCAACUAGACCUCUGGGGAUAAGACUGUCGGCCCUGCUUCCACUCUGCCAGGACAGCUGCAAAACUAGCUGGAUGGGCAGGGCAGGGUGGGGAGGGGGCUGCUCCCCACAGGGCCAGCCCCUGCACCGCCCCUCUGCCCCACCGGGACUACUGGCUGGCAGGCCACAGAGGUCACAGAGGCGCACAGACCAGACAGUGCCAAGAGGCCCCCAGCACAGAGACUCCCACCCAGGACAGUGGUGGGGCCUGGGGCUGACUUGGCCAAAUCAGCCAGGCUGUUUUAGCUCCCUUUUUUUUUUUAAAGCAGUGCCCUUAUUAUCCUGUAUAUAUGCUGGAGAUUUGGAAAUAAUAAAACACCAAAGUGCAGGAGAGCAA